AUGAGAGGAAGUAAUUCUCUCGCUAUACCCAGAGUCGUGUCUAAAUCGCUUGUAGCGAGGAAAUCAAAGGUUGUUGCUCCAUCUUCGAUCUCAAGACAGUCUGGAUACCUCCACACGUCCACUUUCAUCAACAACAUCAAUACCUGUCGAUCUCGAAAUGCGAUAGCGUCAGCUAUACCUUUAGCGUCUACUUCUACAUACUCACCUACCUCAACAUACAAGGGAAUAGGCUCAAGGAGGAAUUACAGCUCUUCCUCUUCUUCGACGUCGAUAGAGAAUGAAGUUGAAGCUAUACCUGAUAUAUCCGAAGAUGAUACUUAUGAUAUAGUCAUUAUUGGUGGAGCGAAUGCAGGAUUAGCAUUUGCUUGUGCACUACUCGCUCAACCCACAAUAGCAUCGACUUGUAAGAUAUUGUUAUUGGAAGGAUCAUCUUUGGAUAAAACUAGAAAUUGGUCUGGACAAGGUGAUUGGGAAAACAGAGUUAGUAGUUUAACAUGGGAAAAUAUAUCUUGGUUGGAAAGUAUAGGAGUCUGGAAACAUAUUGAAGAAAGUAGAUCAUGUCCUGUCGAUGAGAUGGUUAUAUGGUCAAACCCUUCGCCUCGAUCAAAUCCAACUAUUCAUUUCCCACCAUUGGGUCAUCCAAUGGCCCGCAUGACCGAGAAUAUGAAUUUACAACGUGCUCUCCUCAAAAGGAUAGAAGAAGUAGGAAAAGGUAUAGUAGAUAUCAAGGAACAGAGUAAAGUGAAAUCAAUGAGACUUGGCCCGGGGGAGAGAUGGGUAGGAUUGAAUAUAGGUGAAGAUAAAUGGGUAAGAGGAAGUUUAGUGGUCGGCGCAGAUGGACCUAAUUCACCUGUUCGACUUUUCUCCAAAAUUGAAACCUACGGUCAUGCCUAUAACACUCAUGCAGUAGUAGCUACCUUAAAUCAUCCAAUAUCACCUCUGUAUCCCAACACGACUGCAUUUCAACGAUUCCUUCCGACUGGUCCAAUAGCUUUCUUACCUUUAUCAGAGGAUUCUUCAACUAUGGUUUGGUCAACACUGCCACCUCAUGCAACAGCUUUGAAAAGACUCUCGCCCGAGGCACUGACAACAAUGGUCAAUGCAGGAUAUCAAUUACCUGAAUCAACAUUAACCUCCUUAACGGAUAAAAUGAUCGAAAGAGAUAAUUUAGGAAAAGGUAUCCCAUUAACAUCAGAAGAGAUCAAUGAAUUAAUAGCGAUAUUACCUAUACCUUCAACUAAUACGAAUUCAACAGAUCAAGCAAUUUUGCCACCUACCAUAACAUCCAUACAUUCUCCUUCUGUAGCUUCAUUCCCCCUUCGACUUUCUCACGCGAAUGAAUACCUAGGAACAAGGACUGCGUUAGUCGGAGAUGCAGCUCAUACGAUACAUCCUUUAGCUGGACAAGGUUUAAAUCAAGGUUUAGCAGAUGUCAGAUGUCUAUCAAAUGUUUUGGAAGAAACAAGGAGAUUGGGUGGUGAUUUAGGUAUCAAAACGAAUUUAGCCGAUUAUCCAAGAGAAAGAUAUCCUCUAAAUCAUUUGAUACUUUCAACAACAGAUAAAUUACAUUAUAUCUUCAGAGCUAGGAAUGGUUUAAUCAAUUGGUUAAGAGGCACAGGUUUAGAAAUUAUUAAUGAAAUCAAUCCAUUGAAGAAAAUCUUAAUGGGUGGCGCAGGCGCUUCUCCAAAUUCACCUACUAGCACCACCGCAGGUUCUUCAGUCGCAACCGCACCGAAAAGAAAUGAAAAACAAAGAGAAUUCGGAAGAUCAAUAUCAACAGAUACCUUAGGUCCAAUCGGAGGCUGGCAAAUGACGGCAGCCAAUGGAGUCGAAAGUUGGUUCACCAUAAAAGGUGUAGCAAAGAUGGCCGGAGGUGUUUUAGGUGGUGUCGCAAGGGAAGGUAUCAGAAGAGCUGCUGGUAGUUUGGCAUCGAGGAAGUAA